CGCCUAAAUAGCAGACGAUAUAUUUGAGAUUGUUUGAUGUUGCUUUCUUUCUUCAGAGUCUAAUGUUUAUACACACUCAAUUGAAAAACUUUAAUUUAUAAGACUUCUUCUCUCUGAAUAACUGCGAUGGAUGACGGAUAUGUCCACGAAGUACCGAGCAGCUUAAAGCAGUUGGCUCGACUGGUUGCCAGGGCAUUCUAUACGAUUGAGGACGCUUUGAUUAUUGACAUGCUUGUCAGAAAUCCAUGUAUGAAGGAGGAUGACAUUGCAGACUUGUUAAAAUUUGAGCGUAAAAUGUUGAGAGGUAGGAUUUCAACCCUACGGAAUGACAAAUUUCUUCAAACACGCUUGAAGAUGGAAACAGUGGAUGGGAAAUCUCAGAAAGUUAACUACUUUUACAUUAAUUACAAGAUUUUUGUCAAUAUCGUCAAAUACAAAUUGGACCAUAUGAGAAAGAAGAUGGAAACUUCUGAAAGAGAUGCCACAAGCAGAGCAAGUUUCCACUGUCCGUGCUGCAAAAAGAAUUUCACUGAUUUGGAAGCUGACAGACUAUUUAAUCCUGCUGACCCGAGUGGGGAAUUCAAAUGCAAUUUCUGUGGUGCAGUGGUUGUUGAAGACGAAUCAGCCAUACCAAAGACAGAUUCACGGCAGCUCAUGGCUCGGUUCAACGACCAAAUGGAGCCUUUGUACAAAUUGCUAAGAGAAGUUGAGGACGUGAAACUGGCCCCAGCCUUGCUUGAACCAGAACCGACUGACAUUUCUCAUCUGCAAAGGGAUGCCGAUGGAAAACCCAAAUCCAGGGGAGCCAUGGGCGAAAAUUGGUCGGGAGAGGCAACCAGAGGAGGUGUUUUCCGACUGGAUGAACAACGCGUCGACGUCACUAUCGGUGAUAAUGCUGUUGUCAAAAAAGGAGAGGUUCGCAAGGAGGCACCCAUAUGGAUGAGAGAAAGUACCGUCGAUAAUGAAGCUGCUACCAGCGCCAAUGACAAUAUUGCUGGACCUGCGAUCAUUGACGAGAUGGAGCUACCUACUCUCUCUACGGAGAAGAAUCGCAACCAAGAAGACAUUAUGUCCGUUCUUAUGGAACUCGAAAAACCAACUACAAAGGCCGCUGUUCCAGCCGAUUCAAGUGAUGACGAAGCGGCCGCAAGAUCUCUUCUUGAACAGAUUACUCCGGCUACCAAUACUAUCCAACGCCAAGUGCAAUAUGACAGUGAUGUCGAGCUGAUGGACAGUGACUCGGAAGAAGAAGUUCCUAUGGUGAGAGUUGGAAACUUGGAAUUCCCUGUUCACGAAGUUCCAUCGGAACAGGUUGCCCGCAUGACGCCCUCCGAAAAGGAUGCCUACGUCCAGCUCCACCAAGAAUACAUGGAAAGGAUGGGCUACCUGGAUUAACCAUCGCUACCUCUCGACAAAUUUGUACUCUGGCUGUUUCGAGUGUUCCUGGUGUAACUUGUCUGCUUCUCGCCAGAUGGUCCCUGGUUGUCUCAAUCUCUAUUUUCUCAAGGUACUGUGUGCGAAAGGCAAAGAAAAAAUAUUCUUCCUUUUCCGUUUUUCUCCUCUCUUUCGUUUCUUCUUCCGUUUUGCAUUUGUGAGACUUGAGACUUCUAAAAAAAAAUUUACAAACGCUACAGAUUCGAUUACACUUUGAUUAAAUUUUA